UAACUCUCUAUUUCAGCAAAAACAAGACCAGAGAAAUGCCUUUUCUGGAGUCACAGUGGAUACUUUCGGUGGAAUAGCUUCCUUUUUAAAAUUAAUUGCUAUAUAAUCUAAUAUUUUUUAAAUGGGAGGAAAGGGCAUGAAGAUCGGGGGUCUGGCACUGGUGCUGAUUGGUGUUUUAGGAGUGUGUUUGGCAUGUGGACUGCCAAUGUGGCGCGAGACAUCUUUUGUGGGAGCAAAUAUUGUGACGGCACAAUCGGUGUGGGAUGGUCUGUGGUUACACUGUAUCUUUCAGGCCACAGGUCAGAUGCAGUGCAAGAGACACACUACAUCCAUCACUAUGACCUCUGACAUCCAAGCUGGACGGGCCCUCAUAUUGAUCUCCAUCAUCGCCGGCCUCUUGGGCUUCAUCGUCACCCUGCUUGGAGGAGGUGUAGUCAACUGUAGUGGCGCUCCACCUGAUCCCUCAGAGCCUCCAACCAACUCUUCCUCCAGCAAAAAAGUGUGUCUAGUGGGUGGAGCUCUGUGCAUCCUAGCAGGAAUCCUCUGCCUGAUCUCAGUCAGCUGGUCAGCAGCAGCAACCAUCUCACUCUACAAUGACCCCUUAGUGGCUGCAGCCCUGAAGAGAGAGGUGGGCUCCUCCAUCUACAUAGGCUGGGUCUCCUCUGCGCUGCUCCUGCUUGGUGGUGCCUUGAUCUGUUGCGUCUGUGGGGAGAAGCAGAUAAACCCACCUCCCCGUUACAACUACAUGCCGUACAGCACCAACACUCAGUACAGCGGCCCUGCAUCUCACAUGGCCACUCUGAGGUCUGAUGUUAUAGGGCCAAACUCCUCAAGGAUGUCUGACCAUCGUACGCCAAGUAGGAUGAUAGAGCACAAAGCCCAAGUGCAUGAGCAUAAUCAAGCUCAGAGUGGGCGGUAUUAUCAGCCUCUGCGGACACCACCAAGAUCUGAGCAGGGGACAUUUGGUCGUAAUCCGUCAUACAGAUCAGGGACACCAGACAAGGCAAAGGGCUUAGUCAUGGGAAUGAAUCCAAAUCUGGUGCGUGACAUUCCCAGCAGAGCCACAACAGUGCGCAGUGAAUAUUAUUUUAAUUCUGUAUAAAUCUGGAUGGAUUUGCCUGGAUCAUUGCUCUGAGCACGGCUGA